AUGGAUACAAACUCGGUAGAUGCCUCCAAGGCUACGAUUUUGUUAAUGGGACUAAGAAGAGGUGGUAAAUCAUCCAUUUGUAAAGUUGUUUUCCAUAAUAUGCAACCUUUGGAUACAUUGUAUUUGGAAUCAACUACUAGUCCCACCCAGGAACAUUUCUCUACGUUAAUCGAUCUUGCUGUCAUGGAAUUACCAGGCCAGUUGAAUUACUUUGAACCAAGUUAUGAAAGUGAGCAAUUAUUCAAAAGUGUAGGUGCUUUGGUCUAUGUUAUUGACUCACAAGAUGAAUAUUUGAAUGCAUUGACGAACCUUGCGAUGAUUAUUGAGUAUGCUAAGAAUGUUAACCCAUAUUUAAAUGUCGAAGUUUUGAUACAUAAAGUGGAUGGUUUGACCGAGGAUUUCAAAAUGGAUAUUCAAAGAGAUAUCAUGCAGCGGAUAGGUGAUGAAUUACUGGAUUUGGGAAUUGAGGGUAUACAGUUGUCGUUCUAUUUGACUUCUAUAUUUGAUCAUUCGAUAUACGAGGCAUUUAGUCGUAUUGUACAGAAAUUGAUACCGGAACUUCCAUUUUUGGAGAACAUGUUAGACAACUUGGUACAGCACUCUAAGCUUGAAAAAUGUUUUCUAUUGGAUAUUAAUUCUAAGAUAUACGUCUCUACAGAUUCUUCCCCUGUAGAUAUUCAAACGUAUGAAGUGUGUGCAGAAUUCGUGGACGUUACUAUCGAUUUACAAGACUUAUACAAGGGAAAGCUGCAGAGCGCAGACAAUAAAAAAGGAAAUGAAAUGAAAAGUGUUUCUGUACUCAAUAACGGGGUUAUUAUUUACUUAAAACAAAUGAUAAGAGGUUUGGCCUUGGUAACCCUAAUGAGACCAGACGAUACUGAUAUAGAAUCCAGGUUAACCGUUAUGGACUAUAAUGUGGACAUCUUUAAAAAGGGUUUAGAGAAAAUAUGGGAAAAAUCCAAGCUUAUUACAGAUUCUGAUGACAAUACCAAGAAUAUUCACAGUGGAAACCAGGUAACAGUCAGUAAUGCGUCUGCGACGUAUUAA